CGUCAGCAGUCCUCCGGCCUGGUCUACGCUCACGCGCUUACAAACAGACGACAUGGAUCAGAAGUCGGGGGAAACGACCGGGGCCUAUCAGGCCCAGAUGCUGGCUUUGAUUACCGAAGCCAAGAAACAGGCGGAUGAGGUAGCAGCCGCAGAGAAGAAGAAGGCAGAGGACGCCGAGAAGGCACGUCUGUUGGCAAUUGAACAGCAGCGCCAGCAAGACGAGGCAGCAGCAAAGGCUGCCGAUGAAGAACGAAGUCAACGACGCAAGAAGAUAUUCAACGGAGAGCGAGCCUUGCUCACAAUGGCCGCGGACUGGUGGGCCGAGGCCAAGAAUGGUAAGAUGGAAGAGAGUGAAAGCAAGAUCGCUCUACUCCUCUCCCAUUUCACGGAUCUCCUGGCAACGUGCAUUGCACAGCAGGAGGACAUCCACAGCCUCGACGACGCAGUUCAGAUGCACAACCAGGCGUUUGACCAAGUCAACAGCCACCUCCGACUGCUGGAGCAACGACCCGUCGCCACCCCCGUUGCCGGCUCCUCCAACACCUCCGCUUGCCUCGAUACUUUGGAGAUCGACACCGGAGCCCUCAAGGACGGCACGCAGUUACAGCAAACCACCACGCAACAACUGGAGCAGCGGUUUUGUCACUCGAUGAAUAGGAUCUUUCAUGACUACUUGGACAAGUUUAUCGUCGUGUACCUCGACGAUAUUCUCAUCUUCAGUAGGACUGUGGAGGAGCACGCUGAGCACUUGAAAAUAGUGCUAGGUCUCCUAAGACAGCACCAGUACAAGGUAAACUCGGAUAAAUGCGAGUUUGGUCGCACCAAGAUCUUGUACUUGGGUCAUGAAAUUUCAGCAGAUGGAUUGAGGCCGGAAGAUGCGAAAGUGGCCAGCAUACGUGACUGGCCCAGACCUCAAACUGUUACUGAGGUCAGAUCGUUUUUGGGGAUGACGGGCUACUAUCGUCCGUUUGUAAAAAACUAUAGUACUAUAGCUUCCCCAUUGACAGAUCUUACUCGACUUGACACCCCUUGGGAGUGGACUGAAGAGUGUGAGGCAAGCUUCAAGCAAUUGAAGUAUGCUCUAACACACUAUGAAGUUCUCAAACUUCCCGAUCCYGACAAGCCGUUUGUCGUGACAACAGACGCCARCCAAUAUGGCAUUGGCGUUGUCCUUGCACAACAGGAGGGGCCAAAGUUGAGACCGAUCGAGUAUAUGAGUAAGAAGAUGCCUUCCAAGAAGCUAGUUGCGUCCACUUAUGAAAGAGAGCUCUACGCCCUAUAUAGAACGCUAGUUCAUUGGCGACAUUACCUCCUAGGGAGAUUUUUCUAUGUGAGGUAUGACCAUGAGACUCUGCGCUGGAUUAAGACGCAGCUCGUGUUGUCUGACGCACUCAAGAGAUGGAUUCAAGUGAUAGAUAUGUAUGACUAUCAACUUGAUCCUAUCAAAGGUCCGUACAACAAAGUGGCAGCUGCGCUGUCAAGAAGGGCAGACUAUCUAGGCGUACUAGUAACUGAAUUCGGCAUAUCUAAUGAUCUUACUCGAUCGUUGGUGGAAGCCUAUCAGGGAGAUACAGUUAUGUCAAAGAUCAUUCGUAAAUUCCAAGCAAAGGACAAGAAGACUUUGGACGAAUUUACCAUGGUAGAUGGCUUGCUGUUCCUUGAAAAGGCAGGGUUUAAAAGACACUGUGUCCCGGAUAGUGAGUCUUUGCGUAGUUUAUUUUUAGGAGAAUGUCAUGAUGCURUAGGUCAUUUUGGUUAUAAGAAGACAUCAGCAAACUUAGUACAAAAGUUUUGGUGGCCUUCUAUGUUGAAGGAUGCAAAACUGUAUAUCGAGACUUGUCAGGUUUGUCAAAGAGACAAACCCAGGACUCAGGCUCCGCUUGGGCUGAUCAAGCCCUUACCGAUCCCUGAAGGUCCAGGUCAGAGUGUCUCCAUGGAUUUUAUGGACACUCUUGUGACCAGCAAAACCGGCAAACGACACAUAUUCGUCAUAGUAGAUCGCUUUACUAAGUAUGCCAGACUUAUCGCUAUGCCGGAGACAGCAAAGACAGAUCACGUCAUCAAACUGUUUAUGGAUAACUGGGUAAGGGAUUUCGGUCUACCUACGUCUAUCGUAAGCGACAGGGAUGUAAGAUUUACUAGUGAACUGUGGCAGUCUACAGCUGAACAGAUGGGAACCAAACUCCAGAUGACAUCAGGGAAUCAUCCUGAGUCAAAUGGACAGGCAGAACAGAUGAACCAAGUGGUACAGCAUUUGCUGCGGCACUACAUCAAGCCAAGUCAGGAUGACUGGGACGAGAAGUUACCUAUCGUCGCCAGCCUGUAUAAUAACGCAGUGCACAGUGCUACCGGAAUGACUCCCAACCAACUGCAUCUUGGUUGGAAGCCUAGAACUGCCUUGGACUUCUUACUACCGGAAAGAGAAUCCACUGCAGCACCUGGCAGCAUAGAGUUUGUUGUUAAGUAUGAACAGAUGCUGCAGCAAGCCGUAGAGCACAUUAGAAAAACUCAAGAUGCAAUGAUAGCAUUUGAGAACAAGCAUAGACGGCCUUCUAAUUUCCAGGUAGGUGACAGAGUUUGGGUAAAAGCAUCUGAACUUGGUCAGAAGCUAGGAAUCUCUAGAAAAUUGAUGCCACAAUUCUUCGGUCCGUGGGAGGUCCUAGAUGUGAUAGGAGAUCAAUCGGAUAGGCCAUCCUAUGUGAUUCGCAUCCCACCCCAUCUACGCACCUACCCUGUAUUCCAUGCUUCAAAGUUGGCACCUUUCGCUGCUACUGAGCAGUUUCCUUCCAGGAGAUCAAUGCUGCCCCCAUCCAUGGAUGGCGAAGUGGACAUCGACCAGAUUGUCGAGCAUCGAGUGAUGCCUGUUCCACGACCAUCAGGCAGAGGGCGCCCUCCUAAACCGAGAAUGCAGUACCGGGUGAGCUUCAGACAUCACCUCGAUCCCAAGGAAGAUCGCUGGUUUACACGGGAAGAACUCAUGAGAACAGCGCCUCAAGUGAUUGCAGGCUAUGAAAGAGAACGAAAAGAGAAGAUGCCUGCAGAAUAAGAGACUUCUCAGAGGACUCACGAAGUCAAGGAGGAGGGAAUGCGAGGAUCAGUGUCCUCGGUAGGCCUACUGGGCCCUUUCUGCAGCCUUACGC